AAACUCUCAUCAUGGAAAACAAUAUAUCUUUCACUGGCUGCCAGGAUGACCAUGGUGAGAUCUAUCUCUACAUCCAUGGCUGUGUAUCCGAUGUUUUCAGAGUUACUUCCAGCUUCUGUCUGCAGUUCAUUAGACAAGGUCAAUAGACAAUUCAUGUGGGGAGAAGAGGAGGGGAAAACUAGCUUCCAUCCCAUUGCUUGGGAACAAAUGACUCUACCAAAAAGCCAAGGAGGGGCCGGUAUCCGACCAACCAAGCUAGCAAACCAGGCUAUGUUGGCUAAAGGAGGCUGGAAGCUAGUUACUAAAGAGGAUUCGCUUUGGACAAGGCUGCUGUUGGAAAAGUAUGGACGCAACCGAGAAGGGCUAGAGGUGCUAAAGAAGAUUAAGGGAAGUUCUCUCGCUUGGAGAAGCUUUACCUCGAUUGCCAAUGUGCUUAAGAAAGGUUAUGCCAUUAAUGUUAAGAAUGGUAAACACACUCAUUUUUGGCUUGAUCCAUGGAUUAUGCAGGUACCUUUGAUUGACAUGGCUUUAGAAGAAAUUCCAGAGGAGAAGAAGGAACAGCUAGUGGCCGACUUGUGGGAACCUGAUAGUGGAUGGCGACUGGAUGAAUUUCAAAGUCUGCUACCUCAACAGGUGGUUGAUCAGAUACGAGCAGCUAUCGUUGACCCCUUGGCAGCAGAAGAGGAUCGACCUUUCUGGAGCCUAACAGCCAACGGGAGUUUUUCAGCUAGUUCGACUUUCAAAGCCCUCCAACAUCAGAAUCCUGAAGUGAACCAACACUACUGGAAACGUAUUUGGAAGCUUCAGGUGCUGGAGAGGGUGAGAGUAUUUAUCUGGAUGGCUGUGCAAGGGAAACUGACGACGAACAGCAUCAGAAAACACAGACACCUUACUCAAGAUGACUCGUGUAUUGAAUGCAGGGGAAUUCCUGAGACUAAUGUGCACUGCUUAAGAGACUGCAGGAAAGCAAAAACAGUAUGGACUAAGAUUGUGGAUGGCCAGAGGGAGUUUGACUUUUUCAACUCCAAUUAUGAUGAUUGGCUCAAGGCUAAUCUGAUGGACGAUUCCCAUGGAACUUGGCCAGGGCAAUGGGCGGACUUCCUUAGUCUGGUCAUGUGGUAUGUCUGGAAAUGCAGAAAUGAUGAGGUCUUCAAAGGAAUCAAGCUUGCUAAUUCCACCCGGCAGCACUACAUAACAGCAAAAGCUACAGAGUGGGUGAAGAUUUGGGACUCAGCUAAGCUUUCCCUUGCUGUUGGCGAGAAGCGAGAGAGGGUGGAAGCCAUGAUUGGAUGGACAUCUCCACCAAUAGGAUGGUACAAACUGAAUACAGAUGGUGCAGCACAGAGUAACCCAGGAAUAAUCACUGCAGGAGGAGUCUUGCGAGAUCACAAUGGGGACUGGGUUGGGGGCUUCUGCAGUAAGAUAGGGACUGGUACUGCCUUGUUGGCAGAACUAUGGGGAAUACUGCAGGGUCUGGAUUUGGCUUGGAGGAAAGGAAUUCAAUUCCUCAUCUUAGAAUCGAAUUCUCAACUCGCGUUACAGAUUAUUGACAAUAGAAGAGACAGUGUCCAUCCUCAUGCUACCCUUCUAGGAGCAAUUCGACGGUUGUUGGCGAAAGAAUGGGUAGUUCAACUGGUUCACACGUACCGCGAAGGGAAUAGAGUCGCGGACUGGCUCUCGAAGCACAGUCUCGUCUAUCCCUUUGGUACGUAUGAACUUGAGAACCCCCCAUUGGAACUGGACAGGAUUUGCACAGAAGACAUUGUAGGGGUUAGCUUCCCGAGACAAGUCCAUCAGAAUUAGAGCAAUGGUUUUUGCUGAGGGGAAUGAUGUGAUUAGAUAGAGUUUUGAAGCUGCUGCUUCCUUGGCUUUUCUUCUGGUAUGAUUUGUUGUUUCCUUUGUGUGGAUAGGAGCUUUAUAAGUGUCUUGAUCUUUUUGCUCUUGUAAUCUUUGGCCUUGUGCCUCCCUUUUAUAAAAAAAAAAAGAGCCAUUCAUCAUUUAUCACUAAAAACUAAUAAGCCAAGUGAGUGAGUUAUCAAUUGCGUGGAUUUCAAAUUCCGAUAUGUGAAUAUUUUACCAUACCAUAAAAAAUUUAUCAAAAUAUU